UCCCGAGCGCGUCAUGCCUGUUGGAUACCGCGACAAGCGCGGAGCAUUCGAAGCGACGUGAGGACUGAGUCAUGAGAGAUGUCAUGAUAUACUUCCGACAUCGAUUUGUGCGCUCGCAAGUGGAUUUUACUCACAGCAUGGCUGCAGACGCCUUGAAGAAAAGUACGGGUUUUGACAUUACCAGUGGCACGAUGCCUCAAACACAAAUGUCAUAAUGCAGCCUCUAAGGCGAGCUUAAAUACUAAGGAAAGCAUGACAGCGGCAGCAAGUGACAGUAUUGCCAUGAACGAUGACUACCUGAGUGGUACUACCGCCGCCUUCAUCGCCGAUAACGUCACCGUCGCCAGCUUCAGCCCCGAAGACGUCCUGGGUCCUCGUUACCACAAGAGAGCGCGCAUCCUCAUCAUCAUCAUAAUGAUAGUCACCUCUAUUGCGGGCAACAGCGUUGUCUGCUGGAAGCUCGUCGUUAAGCGGCGUCAUCGCCGCGUUUCCAAGGCCAGGGUGCUCUUUCUUAACCUGGCAAUUGUGGACCUCUUGGUGGCGUGUAUCACGAUGACAUCACAGGUUGUGUGGGAGGUGAUGGGCAUGGUAUGGAUUGCUGGCGACGCCUUCUGCCGCUUCUUCAAGUUCCUGCAGACGUUCGCGCUUGUCUCGUCCACCUACAUGUUGGUAGCCAUCGCUCUGGACAGGCACAUCGCCAUCGCCACCCCCUUGGCACCCAGCCCCGAUCCGUGGAAGUUGGCGGCCGUCACGUGGCUUGCUUCAUGUAUACCCUCACUGCCAAACGUGUACGUGUUUCACAACGUCGAGGUGGCACCGGGAAUGUGCUUCUGCGCGUCCAUAUUCUACGACCGCGACGUGCCGCUCUAUCACCGCCAGGUCUACAUGGGAUUCGUUUUCUUCAUGGUGUUUCUGAUUCCACUCGUACUGCUUGUGUCCUUCUAUACGGGCAUCCUUUGGGCCAUGUGGAAGCACAGUUCUAGCAACGGCAAAGUGGGUCAGCAAACGGCUUCUUCCUUGCCGCGAGCGAAGGUUAAGACGCUCAAGAUGACCGCCGUCGUGUGCGGGGCCUUCCUUGUGACCAAUGUGCCCUACAUGGUACAGGAGGUCAUUCUGGCGUUCGGCAAUCCCGAUAUUCUGAACGCCAACGUGGUAGCUUUGUCCGGCGUCAUCUCGGCUUCGAACAGCGCCAUCAACCCAUACAUCUACCUGUAUUUCCAAAAGAGCCAAGGAAGCAGAAGACCGGACAUGUCGGGGUCUUUGCUAAACGGUCUCCCUUGCUUCCACCGCCGGGUGACACGUGUCGACAAUGGCACCCCAAAGACGGCAACAAUGACCGUCACUUACUCUGGUCGCCACUCGCGGACGGUCACUACGGCGAACUCUGAAUCAUAUUCGGGCAAAUGUUAGUCAUGAAGGCAUUCCCUUCAUGCGUAAGUGCCGACGAACUGCUGCACUAUGCCUGCGCUGAAUCAGUGUCUCCUGAAUAGCGCUAUACUUACACACUCUUUCUCCACAAGCCAAGAUUUAAAUUUGACUUUUCUACUUUCUACAAGUAAAUACGGAGGGUAAUUUCUUUAUUUGUCAAUCUUUCACUACAAGGAUACAGUGGCUGUCUUGAAGACAUGCGAUGGCUGUGUGCAUUCGCGACCACUGUGUAUGUACUGUAUGCUGCCACUCCGGGCAGCAUAACCCUGAGUGUUUUUGCUCAAGCGAUUUACACUGCAAUUACGCUUGAACAGGGGUCGCAACUGGGCUAUCCUAGAAGUUUCACUUAUCAGGGACCGUGCACAACUGAUGUGCCUCAAAGUUUUUGUGAGUGCGAUAUGCAGAAAAGGGACUGUGCAUUAAGUAUAAGUGUCACUUUAUCACCAGUAAUCCCCAAGUUCUCCACACAGAAAACCAUUAAUCGACUGUAUUCGUUCUGAAAGCGGUUUAAUGUCUGCAAAAUGAAUUGUUGCGGGGGUCAACUAAAAAAUAAACAAUUCCUGUCAUA